UAAUAACUCCAACCAGGAGAAGUCGCUAGUUUCCAGCCGCUAGACUAAAAUAUUAAUAUUAAUUCAUUACAGCAUAGUAGUAAGUGGACUCUUAUGAACAUUCAAACAUUAGCAAAAUAAAUGAAAAAUUGACAAUGAAAAUCGUAUUAUCCAGUCAAGAUGGUAAACAGAGCGAUGAUUCGGACAUUUGGGAUGAUACAGCUUUGAUUAAAGCAUAUGAUAAAGCGGUGGCGUCGUUCAAGAAUGCAUUGAAAGGAGAGGAUAAUGUGACGACACACAAAAAAGAUUUCCCUGGGAAGAAGCGGAAAAACAACAAAAAGAGUAAAUGCAAAAAAAGAUGUAACGCAGCACCUGAUAAAGAGGUAAUCAUGAAUAGUUGGCAAGUCGGGGACUCCUGUUAUGCAUUCUGGUCUGAAGAUGGCAACUUGUAUGCUGCUACGAUUUCCUCAAUCGACCAGGAGAAAGGCACCUGUGUGGUCUGUUAUACUGAAUAUGGUAAUGAGGAAGAGCAGAACCUCAGUGACCUUCUGACAGAGGCUUCAGAUUUGGACGAAGACACUCAAAAAACAGCAGAUGUCAAAGAAGCGGAGUCUUCAACAGAGGAGAGUGAUCGAUCUUUUACUCCACAGCAGUCAUCAGAACAUCAGAAGCACAAAUCUAAAGGCAGAUCUCCCAUGGGGCCUCCAUCAUGGGUUCCUGGUUUCCCACCUGGACCCCCGCCAGGACCUCACUUCCAAAAGAUGGAUGGAAGACGAUCAGAAGGUCCUGGACCUGUCUUCCCUGGAUGGCCUCCCAUGAUUCCACCCGGUCCCCCAAUGAUCCCUCCACCUCCACCAAUGAGUCCAGACUCUCUAGAGGAUGAUGAAGCUUUGGGCAGUAUGCUUAUUUCCUGGUACAUGAGCGGCUAUCACACGGGAUACUAUUUGGGUUUAAAACAAGGUCGUAGAGAGGCUGCUGCAUCGAAGAAGUCACAUCGGAAAUAAAAACCCAGCGUGGGAUAUGAACGUGAUGCUGCAGCAGACGUGGUUCCAUGUUCUAUUUUUUUUGUAUUGUUUGUAAAUAAAUAAAUGAAGUAAUUGUG